CAUACCCAGAAACACUUCUCGGAACAAUGUUUCAAGAACGUAAUGCUGAACUUUUACACCCAAUAAAAGAAAACGAGUACUUUAUCGACAGAAAUGGCCGCGCAUUUCAUUACAUAAUGGAAUACUAUCGUACUGGAAAAGUAGUAUGGGGUGGUGCAGGCAGUGAUCGAAAAAUCACUCGUCGAGAACUUGACGAAGAACUUGACUACUUUUUAAUUCCACCAUUGACACCUGCCAUCUCACUCGCGAUGGAUUUCGAAGCAUUCAUAAAAGCAAUGACACAAAUCUGUGUACGAGCAUUUCAUCUGGCCGGCGAGACGAGUAUCAAAGUCACUGCUACUACAAAUGGACAGUAUUUAAUUGUCCGAUAUUUAAAUCAGGGCACUAGCGUUCAUGUGUCGGUUCCUAGGAUCGGAAAAAAGAUUUUAAAGAUAUUUGGUAAGGAGAUUCAUCAACAUUUACAACGGUCGUGGCCUGUUUUAAGGUGGGAACCGCUUGAGAUUAAGCACGCGUAUAUCGUUAACUUAUAUCUGCGAAAAGAUCCAGUUAUUUAUACGGAAGAUCGGCCAAAGUGGCAUUAA